AGUGACAGUCCCGCUCCACGGUAGCUGCUCCGCUGCUCUCCACUCCACAGCCACAAGACUGGAGCCGAGCAGAGCAGAGCAGGGCAGGGCAGGACAGGACAGGACAGGGGGGACAGACAGACAGAUAAACAGACAGAGACAGACUGCUGCAGGACGGACUCUGUGCGGUGUGAUGUGCAGUAAAUGGGAUUAAAACGCUCAGACGGCGCUUGAACCACGAGCAGCAGCAGCAGUAGUAGUAAAGGGGGGGAGCUCCGCAUGCGUUCGCCCGUGUGGAGAACUUGCUCCGACCUGCAAACAAACCAACCCAAAGACGAGCAAAACUAACGACAGCCGCCAAACAAACCCGGGUUCAGGGUUCAACCGCCGGACUCGGCAGCAGCAGCAAACCCCAAAACUCCCCUCUCACAUGCCUGCGUUGAUGUGGGAGAGAGGGAGGGGAGCGGAGCCGGUGGACGUUUGAAUCUUCUCUCUCUAAACUUGCAGAAAAUACUACAAGAGAAAUAAAAAAAAAAAGAGUUUGUGCCCGUAAGGGGAGGGAGUUAAAGGAAAGAUGUCGGACGUGAUGGAGAGCCCGGCGGGCGACCUGCAGAGCUGCGAGGACGUGCGGAAGAGCGGCUACCUCCGCAAGCAGAAGUCCAUGCACCGGCGGUACUUCGUGCUCCGCGCCGCCUCGGAGCGCGGCCCGGCCCGCCUGGAGUACUACGAGAGCGAGAAGAAAUUCCGCGGCAAGGCCCCCAUCCCGAAGAAAGCGGUGGCGCUCGAGACGUGCUUCAACAUCAACAAGCGGGCCGACGCCAAGAACAAGCACAUGAUCGUGCUGUACACGCGGGCCGAGAGCUUCGCCGUGGCCGCGGAGAGCGAGGCGGACCAGGACGAGUGGUACCAGGCCAUGGUGGAGCUGCAGUGCAAAAGUAAGAACCUCGCUGAUAGCGUGGAAGGGGGGGACUACGGAGUGCCGAAUCCCGGGCCUGCGUUCAAAGAGGUGUGGCAGGUGAAGGUGUGGCCGAAGGGCCUGGGUCAAGCCAAGAACUUGGUGGGCAUCUAUCGCCUUUGCCUGACCGACAAGACGGUCAACUUCGUCAAGCUCAACUCUGACGCUGCUGCCGUGGUGCUGCAGCUGAUGAACGUCCGGCGCUGUGGCCAUUCGGAAAACUUCUUCUUCGUCGAGGUGGGGCGCUCUGCCGUGACAGGCCCGGGCGAGUUCUGGAUGCAGGUGGAUGAUUCUGUGGUGGCCCAGAACAUGCAUGAAACCUUGCUGGAAGCCAUGAAGGCACUGAGCGAGGAGUUUCGCCAACGCAGCAAGUCUCAGUCGAACUCCGGCCCUGGAGGAGGUGCUACUGCUUCUAACCCCAUCAGUGUUCCCUCACGCCGCCACCACCCAAACCCUCCGCCCAGCCAGGUGGGCUUCACUCGCCGGCCCCGAACAGAGCCUCCAGGAGGAGCUAACAGUGGAGCAGUGGUCAGCAGUGCCAACGCUUCUCCCACCCCACGGCAUAGCUUCCCGAGGUCUCGCACUGCAAGUGACGGGGGGAAAGGUGAGGAUGGGAUAGGAGGGACCACGCCACUCCAAGGGACUUGCUCCAGCCCCUCCACCAAUGGCUUGUGCUCCACCACCCCAAUCCUUAGGUCAAAAUCAGCCCGUUCAGCCCCCACCACAGCUCCUAAAACUCCUCUUGGGUUGAUGCGUUCCAUCUCCACCCCGGUGCCGUCCCCAGCCCCAAGCCUCUCUGGGCAUGGCUCUGAGUUUGGAGUCGUGACAUCUGCAGGUGCUGGUCCAGGGUCUGGUGCCUACAGUCGCGUCCCCUCCAGUCGCGCCUCUGUCUCAGGCUCACCCAGUGACUAUGGCUCCUCAGACGAGUAUGGCUCGAGUCCUGUGGAUCCCACUCUUCUCCCCUCCCCGAGCCUCCCCGGAAGCUCUGUUGGUAGCGCUGGCAGCCAGUCCCUUGGCGAGGAGGGAGCCAACUAUAUCCUAAUGGGCCAACGAAGUGGUGGUGGUGGUGGUAGCAACAGCAACCAAGGGGGCUUGACAUCCAGUUCCCUGCCAGCACCAGUAACACCAGCCUGUGGCUCCCAGCCACAGACCAGAAGAGUUCUACGCCGCUCCUCCAGUCGCGAAUGUGAAGCUGAACAUAGGCUGCUGAGCAAGCGGGCUUCAUUACCUCCUAUGGCCCUGGAGAGGCUGGCCCCACGUCAGCGCAGAGCUGAGGAGCCAGCAGAUGAAGAUUCAGCCGAUUAUGCCAUCAUGUCCAGGAGCACCAGCCGCGAGUCUUUUGCUUCCACCUCCUCUACCCCACAGAGGGAAUCUGUCAUGGGUGCUGGGUCAGCAGGGGGAGGGGGAGGGUACUUGGACGUGGCAGGUGAGUUUAAAAGUGAAGUGGGUGGAGUAGCCAGUAGUAGUGUAGAAAUAGGUGUGGACAAUGGCUACAUGUCCAUGCUGCCUGGCGCCAGUCAGCCUCCAGCAUCCCUGUCCCAGUUGUUGGCUGUCUCUGUCCCAGACUCCGAUUCCAAACCUGCUGACGAUUACAUGGCCAUGACCCCUAACAACAGCGUGUCCCCACCACAGCAGAUCCGGCCUCCACCAGCUUCUGAUGGCUACAUGAUAAUGUCCCCCAAUAGCAGCUGCUCCCCUGACCAGCGUGGGGGUCUCUCUGGAGGAGCUUGGCUGGGCAGUGGUAGUGCAGACAGCAGGGCAGGCAGUGACUAUAUGAACAUGUCUCCAAUCAGUGCACGUUCGGUAAAUGGCAGCCCCCCACCACCUGAACACACCAGUCAUUUGGAGACCGGUUCUCAACAGCAACCCCCCAAGAUGGUUUAUUCUUACUAUUCUCUUCCCCGCUCAUACAAACAUAACCCCUCUGCUGGACAUUUUGACGAUGGGCCCGGGCGAGGCAGGAGGACCAAUGGGAGUUUUACUAGAGGAAUGGGUGGAGGUAGGACUGUGGGAGGGCGUCAGGAGCCAACACCAGCAGGCAAUUCAGCGGUUGGACGCCACCUGUCACUCUCCUCUUCCUCAUACUCCUCCAGCUCAGCCAGCAGCGAGAGCCUCGGGGAGAGCGAGGACCGGGCUACCCAGGCAGUGAGCCCCAUGGCUGGGGGAACUCAGUCCAAAGAUGGGAGUAAGCUCCAGCAGAGACGGGGCUCUGGUGGAUUGUCCAAGCAGGGUAGCCAUGGUAGGAACAGACCAGUGAGCCUGUUUGUUGACGUAUCCAAGGCUAACACCCUCCCUAGGGUCCGUGAGAACCCCCUGCCCCCAGAACCUAAGAGCCCUGGGGAGUAUGUAAGCAUUGAGUUUAAGGGGGAGAAGAGCGGCCAGAAUGGGGUUGGAGGAGGGCGCGGCCGGGGUCUCAGACAUGGCUUAUCACUGCCUCAUAGCUCAAGCAGCAAGCAUCAUCAACACAGGCCAACUUCUUGCUUAGGGAACUUUAUCCCCCUUUCCCGUAGCCCCUCUGCCCCUAUUACCCCCCCAGCUGCCUGUGAGUACGUCAACAUGGACUUGGGCCCUUCUCCGUCCCCCUCACCCCUCUCCCUUACUCCUCUAGUUUUCCCCUCCUUCCACACCCCUCCCACGCCACCAACUCUUGCCCAUCCUCCCAAAUCAUGUGAUGAGGGUACUUCUGGUCCUCGUGAAGAGGGGGCCAAAGUGGCCGAAGCCCCACUUAGGAAAAGCCGAGAAAGUGUCCCUUCAGUGUCUGAGUCUGAGUCCCCAACAUCCUGUGGAGACUACACAGACAUGGUCUUCAGCUUGAAUAGCAACACCAUCCCCAGGUCAUCAUCCAGUGUCUCCCCCAAAGCCCCUUCCCCCACCAGGACUGAUCUCCCUGUUCCAGUGCUAUCACGGGGUUUAGACUUCCCCCUGGCCAAACCCGGGCCCAACCCAGACCACGGGGCUAAAGUUAUCCGGGCCGACCCCCAAGGACGCAGGCGGCACUGCUCAGAAACCUUCCUUGCCUUGCCUUCCCUCCCCACCUCUACCUCUACUUCCUCUGCCUCCACUGCCUCCCUCUUUCCAGAACACCCCCAAGCUGUGGCCCGCCGGCUGGGCUUUGAAAGCAUGCUGUGGGGGAAUGGUGCUGUGACUGACAACCCCACUCAGUUCGCCCUCCCUGGACAGCAGUCCCUUCCCACAAACUCUCAGACUUCGUCCACAGAGCAAGGCCUUAACUACAUAGACUUGGACUUGGCCAACAAAGAGGGCCCCCAUUUGGGCCUGGAUGGACCCUCGGGAAGCCAGGCCCCCUCUCGCCUCUUUUCUGUACUGGGUGGAGGUUCUGGGGUCGUGGGCGCGGCAGUCGGCAGCAGCUCAACACUCAACACUUACGCCAGCAUCGACUUCUACAAAUCAGAGGAGCUGCGGACGCAUCAGAAUGGAAACAAGGAGGGAACAGGUAAGAGUUGCCAUUGUUCUUUUAAAGCACAUUUGUUAGACUCUGUUCAGCUCUGUGACAUUAUUCAGAUAGAAAAGAAGAAUACGCUUCCUCCCUUAUGCUUGUAAUCAAACUUUACCUGGCGCCAGGUAGACACAAGUUUAAUUUGUAUGACUGUCUGCUUAAUCCACAAUAUGAGAUAUAGGUCGUCUGCUCGGACAAUUCAUAAGUAGAUUUCUUCUUAAGGCAUAUGCACACUUUUUACCUUAUGUGAUUAUGUAAGGUGCUGAAGGCCAGACAACCUAUUGGAAUAACAAUGAAUAUAGAUUUUUUUGGAAAUGACUAUUGAUCCCUUCGAGGCUUCCUAUUGAUGUUCGGGGGCAGAUUCAGGAGACGUUUGCCAAGCGGCAGAAUCCUUCUGCUCCAGAAGAGCCGUUACUUUCCAAGUAGAAGAGCUUUUUGCGAACAGCUCACCGCACAAAGAGCAAAGGAAACCGUUUUUUGCAUACCAUUGAAGCGUUCUUCAAGUUAAAUAAAGUUGAACUCUGGCCCGGUUUUCCGUUGACCUGAUAACCUCCAACGGGACACGAGUAGAGGAAACCAGUGGAGGAGAAAAAAAGAUUGUUCCUAAAUAUUUAGAUUUCCCAGAACCCCACAUCUUUGACAUUAUGAUGCUGUAUUGAAGAAUAGUAUGCAAGCAUUGAAGUGGGGUAGCCAGGCUUCUAGAUGUGGCAAUAAGAAAGUAGUUUUCUAUGAUUUGAACAUCGCUUAAUCCGAGCAGACGGCUGUGAUUGUUCAGUUUUAACCACCUACAGGGCUUUCUUUUUCUGUGGUCGCAUAUUAGAAAGCAUCCACAGAAAUCUACUUUAUUGUCAAGAAAGGGAGGUCAAUGAGGCCAGAUGAUGAAAUUUUAUUGUAUGUAAUUUUUUCCCCCUACUAUGUGGGGUAAUGCUCUAGUGGUGGGGUUCCACCGCAGCUAAACAAUGCCUCAACUAGGUCACCAUGAGACGUUUCCUCAUAGAACAACAUUCUCUUUGAGCCACUGUCUGCACUAAAUUGCCCCGUUAAGAAAUAGACGCCUGCAGAUGGAGAGGCAUUUAAAUGGAGAUGUGGAUUUAUAUGCAUCAGUAAAACACUCAGUAGUCUUACUUAGCCUUCCCACAGUGGGGCUCUUGUGAUGAAUGCGUCCUGCCAAGCCUUGUUGUUUAUGUAGCCCUGCUAGCUUCCACUUGAUUUGUACCGAAGGUUGUGUCAGACUUAAAACCCUCACGGGGUUCUGCGGUGAACAUUUCAUAGGCCCGGCUCAGAGUUGGAUUUAAUAAAGAACUUGAGGCAUUAGCAAAAAUUCAUCGAGGGAUCUUGUGGUGAGAGCAGUGCGGCUGGGUUUUUUUUAUAUUCCACACAAGGAAAUUAACCAUCAGUCGGCAUCCAUACGUACCCGUUUUUGGUUUUAUUGGGAAGUGGAGGCCGCGUUGGUGGAUGCAGACAGUGUUGUUGUGUGUAUUUUAAAUAUAUAAGCCAGCAGGCGACCACAGUGGGGCCAUAUGGGCUCUGGCUGCUGAGUAUGUCAGCGGGGCAGCGUGGGGGGACAGUGUUGCACAUUGGCUGUGAAUGUUGAGAUGGGGCCAGUGUUUCACUCACACAGCUCUCAAAUGCCUCUGUACAGUGCGCCCCCCCCUCCUUUCAUCCCUCCAUUCUGCCUCCCCCUCUUUCCUCCUCCAAUAAAUGAUUCUUUUGUUCGAGUGUUUUUGCCGCAGUUGGCUGGCAGGCCUCAAGCCCCAAGACUAGUGGGCUCUCCUGAAAGAGUUUCCCCCUGCAGUCCGCAAUUUGUGGCCUUUUCUGUCUUGCUUUCUUGAUUCCUUUCUCGCCCGACUCUUCUCUGUAUUUCUGUCUUUGUUCUUCUGUUUGACUCCUUUUACCUCGCACUUCUUCUUUGUACUACAAUCUGCGUCCUCUCCCGACAUGCAGUCUUGACAGAUUUUUGAAAUUCCUUCCCUCCCUGUUCAACAUUUUCCACCAAAAAACGCCUUUUCGUCCUCCUUUCCUUUUCACAUUGUGUUUCACUCCGUCCUUUUAAACGCUUGCAGAGACGCUUAAAAAUAGAUGUUUAGUGUCGCGCUGAGACGUUUUCCUUUUGCAACCAGAGAAAGAGACGGACGACAACAAAAAGCAAAAAUGCAGAGAGGGUACACGGCGACCCAUCUAUUCGUUAUACUCCAAACUAAAUACAGUUUAGAAACGAUUAAUUAUCUUGUCUGCAUGGAUUCUCUGUGCUGUAAUUACAACAGGACAGCUCGUAGAGAAAAAGAGUGCACGUCUUAGGUCUGCAUACUUUAGGCACAGAGGGCCAAAGGCUACAUUUGAACAUCAGUAGUGGGACAUGUGCCAAAGACAAUCCUAUUUAACACCGGUUAUGUAAUGUGCAAAAAUAACCUCACAUGAUUUAGAUAAUGAGGAAAAGCAGCGUGAUCUAUUUCUCUCUAAAUUACAUAUUUAACAAAAUCUAAAUAAAUGCAACAAAUGUGACGUGCGUGUGGGCUUUGUUGCCCUGCGGCUAAUACUUUGAGCCUUUGUGUAGAAAAAUGUAAGCGACUGUGUUUGUGUGUCUGCUUUUUAUUGAAGCUCAGCCAACGUGUGGGUUUUUCACUUAGCUGCGUGUAGGUGUUUCCCUCCUAAUGUGUGCCGUCCUGACCUUGCGCAGAACGGAGCGAAACAUCAGUUCAUGAAGUGGAAAGGAUUUUUCGGGACAAAAUGUUAAUUGGAUUAAAUCCGCCACCACUCCCACGAACUCCUCCAGAGAAAAAAAAAAAAAAGGAAGAGUGUAUUAUCCACGCUCCCAGCUGUCCUUGAACUCUAUUUCUUUACCAUCUGGAGGAGGAUGUGUGUGCCAGCUUCAAAAUAACCUGUAGCUCUUUUAAAACUCCUUCCACGCCACGGGACACACUACGUCGAGGAAGGAGCGUCUAAUGGGGAGAGCCAUGAAUAUUUAUUGUGUCAAAUUUUGCCUCGAUCCAUCUGGAAACAUUGUUGUUGUUCACAGAAGUGAGGCUGUUUGCAUUUGUUUACUGUUGGCUAAUUGGAGAAAGUCAUGCGUAACUGACCAAGUGCAUCAGUAUCUACAGUGUGCAUCGGUUUUAAUAACUAAGAUCAAGAUGCUACACAAAUUGUUAAUUAGUUAGGCCAUAUGAAUCAAAUCUUCUAUCACGGUGUAUAUUCUAUAUACACAUAGUGGUUUGUGUUUAGAUGUGAAUAAUUCAUUUAAGAAGCUGGUCGAAGAUAAAGUAAACAGAUGAAAAAAAACUGUAUAGUAAUUAAAAAAUACUAGAAAAUAUAUCAGUUGAUAAUAUUACAAUUACAAACCCCUAUCAAAAUAUGUAUGUAUAUAUAAAAAAUACAAGAACUCUCCAAAAUAACAACUGAACUAGAACUUUAACACCACAGAAAUAAAUCCAUACCGACGUUGACCCUCCCAGCAACAUGUGCUUUUAUUGGCCUGGUUGGCAGCUGGUUGCUACCUCCUCCAUGUCCCGGGUCACGUGUGCCAGGAAGAGGUAAACAUACUUAAAGUCAGUCGGUGGAGCGACGUGGAACUCGCACACAGCCAAGUCCUUUCAGCAACCAAGUCCUGUCCACCAUAGACAUUAGAAGUGACGUGUAAUCUCCCAAUCAGCCCGUCUGUCUGUCUGAGAGAGAGCUAAGGAUAAGUCAGGUUUAUUACGACCGGGUCUUAGUAUCACUUUGGCAGUAACGUUGUACUCAACUAAAGUAAUUAUCAACAGGAAAAGAAGCAGUCGGACGAUCCGACCAGUUGUAAAGAAGCCAACUUGCCUUUUUAACAUUUAUUUAUAUAUUUAUUUAUAUAUA